UCGGGGACGUGUUCACGUGUCACGCCAUGCCCGCAUGUUCUGCGAUGCACACAAAGAGAGUCCCUGUUGGUAAGAGAGAGUAGAGACGUGCUUUCUCCCCCCGCCUCUCAUUUCGUAUGCGCCAGUUAAGGUGAUGCAAGGAUUUUUCGACGACGCACACCGCACGUUGCCAUUCAGCCCCGCCGAUUACUCCAUCAAUCGUAACGGCGUAGCGAGAGCGACGACAACGCACGGGUGACGACAGUACGGGGGAUGAAGUUCAUCCGGUGAACGAUGAGGAGAAUUCACGCGAGAAUUUUCCCCAGAACGAGUCGUAGGUCGACCGGCGAGUGUGCUGCUCAUUGAACGUGGAGCGUGGCAACGGCACUCGACUGCGGUUUAUCGCGUCACGUUCUGUUUAUCGUUCCGCAUCGUAGACGAAACAUUCGAGAACAUUCGAGACUGUAGAUUCCGCGGCGCCAGACGCGGACGAACUAACCUAAACCAACGGAGUCGAGACUCGGCUUGAACAAAUGCAUCAUUCUAACGAGGAACUGCUUAACGCAUCGCCAAGUUGCAAUACCUCGAACACGAGCUUGAACCUGACGGAUUCGACGCAGCACUCGUCACCGGAGAAGGACGGCGAUGGUGUCUUAACUAGAGAUAUUUCAGUGAAGCUUACACGUUUGCCAAAUGCGCAAGUAAACAAAGGGGAGAGGAAUUCGCAUUCGCCUAAAAGUAAGAGAAGACGUUUCAUGUGGAAAUACGGCCUGCUGAGAGCGGGGAGGUUUCGUAAACAAGCAAAAAAGGUGCCUUCUGAGUCUUCGAAAUCUCAGCAAUCUCCUCGAGAUAUGGAUUCUUCUGCUGCAGCAGCUACGUCGACAUCGCUGGAGGCGAAAGCAAAUGAACAAAUAGAUCACACAAGAUUGUACAAUCCGUUCUAUAAAGUAGGAGAAUCAAGCGGAGAUGUGAGCGCUCGGCAGAGUGAGCAAGAAACAAGCGACGACGCACGGAGCGAUAGUGAAGAUUUUAUACGUUUAGCGACACGUCACAAGGACGAGGAGGACGACGUUGAUUCGUGCAUCAACGAGACUUACGCGUGCGCGCGCACUUUACCAUACAAAUUUUACAAGAAGAAUAUCACACCCAGUAAAACAAUAGAAUAUUCUUCCGAGUCGUCAAAUGGCAAAAGCGUAGAGUCGGGUUCGCAUAACGACAGAUCCAAAUCGCCUGGACAUUCGCCUUCGUACGCGAAGAAGUUGAAAAAACUGAGAUUAUCGAGAUUGAAGUUUAUGGCCAAAAGAGUUGAAUUGGAGAAGGAGUUGAAUGAGUGGAAAUUUAAAAGAAAAUAUGUGUUUUCGUCUGACAGUGAAACUGAGGAGCCGUCUCCGAGGAAAAUAUGUCGAAAAGUAUUAUCGGAUUCAUCUGAUAAUGAGGAUGCAGCUAUGGGUAGUACGAAAGUGACUGGAGAUGACGAUCGGAGUGACUUUCAGUUAUCUCUCGAGAAGCUCGGCGGAAAGAAACCGUUUAAACCGGUUCAUUUAAAUAUCCGUACGGUGCAGAUUAUCUUAACAAGAUUGGAAGACAUGAAAGAUGAAGAUGUUAUUAAGUGGCGAGAGAGCAAGGCGAAGCCUUUAGAUAUCGCUGAAUCAGCGGAAAAACAAUUGGACCAACGGAAGCUGUUGCAAAAUUUGACUUUAGAAUCUCGGGACAAAUUAAUUGUGCCAAAGGAAGACAGUUUCUCGGCAGCAAGUCUUCCUGAGGAACCGUUACCUCCCAAUUAUACGUAUAAUUCCGUUGAAAAAUUACGUGCAGAAAAGUCAAGGUUACGUAAAUUACGGAAGAGAUACAAGCUGUUCAAGAAGCCUCGAGUUAAAAUGAUAAAACUGGAAACUUUGCGGUGCUCCUCUAAAGAUGGCAGUUAUUCGGCGACCGAGGUCGAUCGUUUAACGAAGAGAUAUGUAGAAUUUGUGAUAGAUUCUUAUAAAGGUAAAUCUCAUAAGAUGAAUAUGUCCAAACGCGUGCGCAUAAGAAGUUCGAUGGAGACAAAUAUCACUUUCACGGAAGAUCUCAAUUUUAUGUUGAGUUUAUCCGGGAUACUAAGUGGGAGAGAAAUAUUAAAAUCUUGCACAGAAGCAAGUUCACAAGACGCUCAAACCACAGAAAACAACGACGAGAAUGUUCCAUUCAAGAUUCAUCGAAGACCUAUCCAGAAUCAAACGUCAAAAAAGUCACCUGAAAAGAACAGUUCUUCAUCGCAGAAGCAUUUAGAGUUAUGUAGAGUAUGGCGAAACGCGUUUGCCCCGGAUAAAAAACGGACAACCGCUUUUACGAAAUCGACGUCAAAAACACUCCCCAUUCCGCGAGACUCGCCGAGGAAAUCGACGAAUGCAGAAUGCGCGAGUGUUUCGAAUUUGGCUUCCACAUCUACGUCUUCCACGAAAUGCAGUACACCGGUCGAAUCGCUGGGAAAAUUCACUUCGCCGAAGAAACAAGCAGAAGCCUCAGCAAAGCCGACACAGCGUAACGAUACGUCCAAACCCGAGUCAUCCACCAGCAGUAAGAAUCUUCCAAGUGACGUUGAAGUGAAUGCUGAAGAGAUCAUCUCUACGAGCGACUUUGCUCAAUCUAAGGACGGCAUUGUUUCUAAAAGCCCGCGUAAAAACGCAAUGACAAAUGAUAGAUCUGUAGAGUCAAAGGUCUCGGAAGGGCACGAUGUUGAACGAUCACCAUGCCAAAAAAGACAGUCAAAUACGUGCGGCGUGUCAUUCAAGAAUCACAAACUGUCGUUGAAGCCCAGCCAAAAUUUGAUGAACUCGAAAUCGCCGACAUCGCGACAGCAAUGUUCUUUUGUUAACGGAGAGCGUGGUUCACUUCAAUCGAAUGGAUCUGUUGAUCCCGAUACGGAACUCCCAUCCUCUUCCUUCUCAUCGCCGUCGAAUAACCAUGAACAUUUCAAGACGCCACAAAAGAAAAUCACAACUAAAUCAACUGCGAUGUCAAACUCCGAUCUCAAUCUGGAUUUGAGUGAAGCAAAAAGUUUAAAGUCCAAAAAAGUUAAAUGCGGCCAUUCAAUGAAAACGACUAAAUCAAAACGGGAUGUAACAUGCAAGAAUUGCUCACAGGUCUUUGAUACCCAUUCGAAAUUCCGACGGCAUAUGUAUUAUAAUCACAUAGCCACCGAUCUCCGGUUUAUGUGCAGAUCGAUCGAGCAAGCCACGCAAGAGAGUGAAACAUCUAGUCCUACUAAGAACAAUGAGAAUCAAAUUUCCGAUAGUACGGUGGAAAAUACAGAAGUGGAAGCAGUCGCGAAAGGGGUCGAGGUAGAAGCUACAAACGGUAUCAGUGAACAAGAGAAGACACUACCAGAAAAUACAAACAAAUCGAAUGCAGAGAGUUCUGUUGCUUCGGAAGUAUCACAGCAGGAUGCAGCCAAGAAAAGGAGCGAGACUUCGAAUUCAUCGGCGGUAGAAGGUACUGUGGAGCGCGAUGCGGAAAAACAGUCGGCGUCUGUAGCGAGCAACGCCGAACAGACAGCUACGAAGACGCAGAGUGCGGAGAAAGAGAAAACGAAUGUCGCCGGAUCGCCAUCUUCAAAACUUCAACCGACGAAAUCCUUCGCUAUCUGCGAGUGCCACAGAUCUAAGGACGGAGUCAAUGAAUCGAACAUUCAGAUCGAGAUAAUCUUGUCGUGCACCACCUGCCAGACGUUGUUCCGACGUCGCGAAUGCUUCGAUGCGCACUACGUGCAACGCGCGCUCUGUAACAAAAGCCGAAAACACAGUAGGAUGGCCACGUUACUCUGCGUCAACUGCCAGCACACGAUGAACUCCACUCAGGACGUGGUCAAUCAUCUGAUAACGCAUUCUCAGCUUAAUCGCAUGGGCAAGGCGCAUUUUUGGUGCAACAUAUGCAGGGUGCUCUUUUAUUGUUUCGGGCCGAUCUUCAACAGUCAUUUUCAGACUCACAUGAACAACCCGCUCUUCAUGGCUAGCCGUCUUUCGUUCCCGAGGCCUUCCUUCAUCGGCUUGAAAUUGAUCAAGUCGGAGCAAUAUAUGCAAAUAGCCGACUAUGUGUGUCAAGAAUGUAGAACUCCCUUCGUCACAGAAUCGACUCUGAAAACGCACGUGGUGAGUUGCCAGAGCGUCAUCAAUACCGUCGAUCCUCGCGGCAGAUCCUCGGACGACAGGUGCACGAUUACCUCCGACAAAAUACCACAAAUUGUGCUGAAUUGCGGAUUCUGCAGCAAGACGUAUUACACCAGGAUGUCCUUCGAACUACACUCGAUGAUCCAUACGCAUAAAAAGGAAAUGCAGUCGCAUUACACUUGCGUUAACGUCACCGCUUUAACGAAAGUGUACAUCUGCAAAGUGUGCACGACCUUGUGGGAAUCUUUGCAGAAAUUCGACGAGCAUUGGCAGACGCACGGCGAGCUGCGGGCGGACUAUAUAUGCUCUCACUGCAAGAGUUGUUUCAACAGCAUCGAGCUUUUCGAGAAGCACGCGAUCACGCACAAAAAUGGCAACGAGAUGCAGCAAAAACCGAGUACAUGCGAGGUAACCUACCGUGACAUCAGUAAUCAGAGCACAAAUUUGCAAAGUUCGCAAAAAGACGCUACCGUAAACGAACUACCUUAUAUGAAUUUGAGUUACUUCGAGGGUAAGAACGACGCUCAGAAGAUUUGGAACGAUAAAUCACGUGAAUUGCAUAAAUCGACUGAAACAUUGCUAGAAAAACUCUUGAAUAAAAAUCGAGCCAUACAAAUCGAGGAGAUGACAUCUUCAGGAUUAUCAGCGCACUCCAAUAAAGAAGCUCAAGCAUCUAGAAAUAUGCAGAUUCCGGUGCAAGUUCCCUCAGCCAAUAUCGCAGUCGCGCAAUCAAAACAAAGCAGCAAUGGUAAUUCGCGGAAUUUUAAUGAUGAAGAGGAUGAUGAAGAGGAGCUAACGAUAGUGUUGUCGGAAAGUGAAGAGAGUUCGGUGUCGAGCAUCAGGAAAAAUGCCGAUAGCAUACCUUCUACUAAGCAGAACACGGAAGAAAACACGAAAUCAACGACGUCUGAUUCUGUCAUUACUGAUGAGCAAAUGCAAUGUUCCAACAAUGUGACUUUGGCUGCUGCAUCUGCGACGACCUCGAGCGACGUGAGUGAAAGUGCGACUUCAAAUGCUGGAAUUAACAUAAUAAGUCCGAGGAAAAACACGCAGUUGAACAAAAAUGCGAGCGUCUCGAAGGAUACCCUCGAAAAUUGUGUAGAUCAGUCAGUGUCGUCGGAGACGAAUUCUUCGAGAGCAGAGCUCAAGGAAUCGUUACCGAAGAAUGUCAUGAGCUCUGUGCCUAAGCAAUUUCUGCGCGUAAAGUCCUUGGCGGAGCUGACGAGCGCUCCCUCAUCGCAGAAGCAGGUAUGUCAGAUAUGUGACUUGUCAUUUGAGUCUCGGCAAGAACUGAAGGCACAUAUGUCGAUACACAAUUUUUGGUUUUCUCAUCAAGACAAAAGAGGUGAUCAAGAAUCAUCAUCUUCUUCCGACAGUACGGCAAGUCAGACAGUACGAAAUGUACAAAUUUUGCCGACAAAACCACUAGUCGAUCCUCUCGUGCCCACGACAUCGGCUCAGGAACGUUCCGGUCCUUCCGCUGUGGCGAUCGGCAACAUGGCUCCGUCCGUCAACGCGCGUCCGAAUACACCCACUCAAGUGCUCGACAUAGCCAAAUCUCGACAAUAUCAAGUGAUCGGCGUGAAGCCACUGCAUUCGGUCAAAUUUAAUACAAUCGCAGACGCAACAAAACCGAAAGAGACGUUACCUAAAAAAAAAACACGUACUCCUUUGUUGAACAAAGUUAGUGGUACCCCGCAGAAUAUCCCGCAGCAGACAGGCUAUCAUCAAAAUUUGCCGCCUUAUAUCAGCCAUUCACUAAACAAAUUGGCUAAAUCUGCCCAACAGCAGAAUACUAGCACCGUAACUGUAAGACCGUUUUUAAAAACUUAUCAAGCAUCCAAACCGUCGCCAUUGCAACAACAGCAGCCGCAGCAAUUGCAACAGUUGCCACAAGUGCAGCAGCAGCCGCAGCAAUUGCAACAGCUAUCACAAGUGCAGCAGCAGCCGCAGCAAUUGCAACAGCUGCCACAAGUGCAGCAGCAGCUGCAGCAAUUGCAACAGCUGCCACCAGUGCAGCAGCAGCCGCAGCAAUUGCAACAGCUAUCACAAGUGCAGCAGCAGCCGCAGCAAUUGCAACAGCUAUCACAAGUGCAGCAGCAGCCGCAGCAAUUGCAACAGCUGCCACAAGUGCAACCGCAAUUGGAACAACGAUCUCAGCAACAAUUGCAACAGCAGCAACUACAACAGGAGCGCAAACAGUUGCAACAAGAGCAAGUGAGACAACAGUUCCAUCUGCGACAGUUGCAAGAGCAACAACAGUUGCAAUUGCAGCAGCUGCAACAACAGCCGCAGCUGCAGCAACAGCAACUGCAACAAUUGCAACAGCUACUACAGUUGCAGUUCCAACAACAACAACAACAGUUGCAACAGCAGUUACAACAACAACAGUUGCAACAACAGCAACAACAACAACAGUUACCUCAUCAGCAGCAACAACAGACGAAUCUCGGUAAUGUUGUGCAUUACCUAAUAUCUAAGACUGACAUGUCUUAUCAAUUGACAACGACCAACACACCAACGAGCUCAGAUAAUGUUAUGCUCGUAGCCGUGAACACAAUGCAGCAGAUCUCGAAGGACCCGGAUCGCUACGUUUGUUUAUAUUGUCCAAACUUCGUGUGCGGCUCGGUGCAGGAGUUCGCGAUGCACGAGCAUUCACCCAAGCACGAGGCACGCAGUCAUUACAACAGCGUUGUUUAUACAACUCAAACGUAAACCAUUGAUGGCGAUCAUAUUUCUUUAAAUCCUCGGCAGGAGAGGAAUGGUGAAGUUUGGAAAUAUCGUUACUCUAUCUGAUAUAAAAAUCCAGAUUCUAUUUCAUUUUAAUUAGCGUUUGGAUUACAUGAUUCUGAUUGAAUGCAAUCGAAGUAUAAUCAUCUUUAUGAACUCUUACUCGGCUAGUGAUGUAUAUAUAAAUAUAUUUUUGUCUGAAUAAAGACAUUUUGUUAUUUAUCUGAAUUGGAAAUCUUCACAACUAAUAAUCUUAAUAACUAAUCUUCUGAUUAAUCUUUUUGGUGAGUCCUAUUGAUAUAUUGUUCAUAAAUCUUCUUUUUAAAUAAUUUUCUUUAUGAUGCAAAUUUUUAACAGAAUUUUUGCUUUAUUAACUUGUUAAAUGUCAAGUAGUACAAUGCGGUGUUUAUUUUUAAAAUUUUUCAUAAUAAUGUGAUAUGAAUUUUUUCAGAGAUACUGUUUGUCAUAUAUUGUUCCUUGUAGCAUUCUCAUUAACGUAUUUUAUUGUUCUUGUCAUGCUCAUAUAUUCUUAUUGUAUUUCAUAUUUAUUACUAAUCAGCAUUAUCUUUAUGUUAAUGUGUGCUUGUCGGAACAUAAUUUAAUCAACCGUAAUAUUUUUGCAACUAAUAUAAUACAAUUUUGGUAGGUAUAAACAAAUUUUUUUUCGUUGUUUUCGUAAUUUUUAUCAUUUGUAUAAUUUUCAUAAGUUCUAAAUUUAUUGCAUUUUACUUGUAAUUAAUUGUACUUUUAUUCCUCAUAUUCGUGACUAUAUUAUUUGAAUGUAAUUGUAAAUUAUGACAUUUUGCAGUUGAUCUUAUUCAAGACACAGAUAAACUGUUUUUUUUUUUUUUUUUUUAUAA